UAUCGAUUUUAUGCUAACAUUACUCAAAAUGACAACAAACACAGAGUUAAUUUCGUCAAAGUGUUUUGUUGUCAAGAUUUCGGAUUAUAUCCAAAAUCUUUUUAAGACAGCUUAUUUCUUCUCCGGCCACUUUUUUGAUCAAUAGUUUUGAAGCGAUUGUCGUAACGUGGGAUUGAGCGGAGAUGGUGUAGUAGUAGCGCAUUCGACUUGUAAUUAUAAGGUUUCAGGUUCGAGCCCUCACUCCGGCGCACUUUAAAUGCAGUGUUGUCAGCCCAUUUGGUGUCAUCUACUGACCGUUGUGUGGCAGUUUGGAUCGAAAAAGAUCGGAGCGAAAAAUUUGUCAACCAACCAGAUGCCAGAAAGCAGAAUUAUCCGAUUCAAUCAAAUCUGUUCGAUUCGACCUUGAGUGAAAAACCUCUUUAAUUUUACACGUCCACGAUCAUGCACAACAAUUGGACGAUACAAUCGUACAAUCUUAUGACUCUAUUAUAAGUUAAUUAAUUAAACGUCAAAUUUAAUGAACUGUAUAUAUCACCAUGACAUUAAUGAUGUUAGGAUAAGCUUUAACGAAGACACAAACUCAUCAACCAUGACAUAGAUGGCGAAGUACAAACAAACAAAAUGGCGCGUAUGUACAAGUUUGACGAUGCUUUAGAGCAUUUUGGUUAUCAAUUAUUUAAUCUUAAACUUUUUGCUAUAUGCUCGUUAUUGUAUUUUUGUGUCGGCAUACAAGUGACAAAUAUUUUUUACUUAACACCACUGUUAAAUUGUGAAUGGGACCUAUCAGCUGUAGAAAAAUGUACGGUAUCGAUAGCCAUGUUUAUCGGAAUGUUUUUUGGUGCUCCAUAUUGGGGCUCACUAUUGGAUAAGUUUGGCAGAAGACGACCACUUCUGUUCAGUAUGUUGAUCCUAGCAUAUUUUUGUUUACUGAAAUCGAACUCUUCUAGUGUUCUCACAUAUAGCAUCACGAGCGGAUUAAUAGGAAUAUGUCUAGCUUGCUUUCCAACCGUUGCAAUAGUGUAUUGCGUGGAAUAUUCCCCAAUGAAGUACCGUGGAAAGGAGACUUUAGCACUACUGUUAAGCUACAUUGGAGGAGGCAUAUUUUCAACGGUACUUGCAUACUAUAAGUUAUAUACCAUUGGCUGGAAAUACUUCCUAACAAUCUCCGUCACACCGGUCAUUUUGUGUAUAUUGCUAUCACUAUGGUUACCUGAAUCAUGCAGAUAUUUGCAAAUCACUGGCGAAUAUAAUGAAACAGUGGCAUUAUUGAAUAGAAUUUCAAUAGGAAAUAAAAGUAGCCUGCCUAAAGGAAUAUUGACAAGGAAACGAACAAAUGCUGACAGAGGGAAAAUGUCCUACAUGUUUAGUCAUGGAUAUGUACUAACCACCUUACCUUUACUACUGAUCGUUGCAAUAUGUUUCUUUAAUUAUACUACAACUGCUGUGUUGAGUUCUCAGUUGAUCAGGACGAAAGCACCGUUAGCAGCAAAUGAUUGUAUUGGACUAAAAAGCCUGGUAUACUCGUUAAUGGCAUCUCUUGCCCUUGCGGAUGUUGUGGCAUGCUUGAUUGCAGUUCUUAUUAUGGAAAACUUCCGAAGGAAAGUCAGUAUGGCUUUUUGUUUUGUUCUCACAGCGAUAUGUUAUGCCAUUUUAAUUUUUAACGUUCCCAGUAUUGUGUAUAACAUAACAGUUAUUGCAAGUCGGGCUAUUGCACCAGUUCUUGUCCAAUUUGCAUUGUUGUAUGUCGCAGAGUUCUACCCAACAUACAUUCGUACAUCCGCUAUUGGAAUGUCGCUGGCGUGUGGUAUGCUUUCUGUUAUUGGAGGGAAGUUUAUGGUCCAAUUUUUGCUCACUUAUUCUUCAUUGGCAUUGAUGAUUGCGCUUUUUGGUCUGAUGAUUUUUGGAAUACUAUGUCUCGUCGUUUUUCCGCUUGACACACGAGGAAAACGAUUAAGAAGCAACUAACGUGAAAGAAUUAUUUGAAGUUAUCAGAGAAUGUUGUAAUAGGUGUGACAAACCGUUGCGGAAAUUGGAAGAAUUUUCAAGUUAAUUUUUAAUUUUUCUGUUCUAACUAAACUUUACAGUAAUGAAAAGUAUGCUAAUUAUUAGUAAUGCAGUGUUAAUAGAAAAACUAAAUAAGAUGACAAAAAAAACAACAACAACAACAACAAACUACGGCUGGCCACCAGACCGGAGACCACCAGACCGGAGAUUCUUCCACAAGGUCUUACAAAAGAGCCUGUGGAUAUAUCCAAAGGCUAGUCUAAUAACAACAACCGCAUCUUGCCUGACCAAUUGAGGUUAAUGGUGUUCUGAUAUUACAAAAGAUACAAAAUUCCCUUCGCACAAGGUUGUGUGCUGUUCUUAUUUUUGGUUUUAAUAAAGUGCGCUUCAGUAUAAUAUUUAAUAUAGUAUUUUGAUUUUAUUAUUUAUUUUAUGAUUUCAGAUAUGUUUGUUGUAUUUUCAAUAAUGUAGUUAUCUUGAUUUGUAUUUUCAAUAUUAAAAAGAGCCUACAUUUUUCUUU